AUGGGUCCGCAUCUCCCUGGCAUUCCCACCGGCUUCAAGCGGAGUUUUAGCGUCGGCCUGAGCCCUGAGCCCUCAAGCCCAUUGACGCUGCUGAAGGGCCCGUGGAUUCGCCGAGAGCCAAGAUUGGCUCGGAGCCUCGCUGUGCUUAUCCUGAUUCUGCGGAUCCGGGUAGUCCUCUUCGUCGUUGAUCCUAUGAUUCCAUCGGGAAUCGCAGGCUUUUACGAGAGAACAGGCCCCGGGGCCCGCGGCGUACCAGAAAGGCGUCGACCACCACCCAGUGCCACAGGUCGACCGAGAGACACUACUGACUACAGUAGGAGAAUCGACGGGAAACAUUCUCGAAAGGACGCAGGCAAACAGGUGACCCGCAUUCAUGCCUGA